UGAAACCGGUGUGCGUUGUCGCUAAUCGCUCUCCGAGGAGUCUUUCCCAUCACCAAGCCAAACGCUCUCCCUCUUAAUUUUUUUUUUUAAAUUCACACCGCGUCGUCGCUAGGCUCGCGCGCUUUUCCUUCAUAGCAGCACCUCUGGCUCGUGGCGGCAGCGCGGAAGGGAGGGGGAGAGUAAGGGAGAACUCUCGCGAGGUUUGGGCGCAGAGCAUCGGCUGCUGCGGCUCGGAGCGGCGCCAUUUUGGGACUGGCUGACUGACUGACUGGAGCGAGGAGUUGUGCGCGCGGCGGGGGAGAAGCGGCGGCAAAAAGGAGCUUUCAAAUUCGGGACCCCGCUUAAGCUGUGAGCUUUGCUGGGACUUUGGCUGGCAGGUUAUUUGGAUUCUGAACAGAAGUCUGGAUCUUUUGCAACCUGUUGCCUCAGCUUAUGAGAAGUUAACUGGAUAUUGACCUAUAACUUUGGCUACCAUUAAAAUGAAAAAAUAUUGACUAAAAUGCAACUGGGAUUAUAACUUGUUCAGUCACUUUUCUACUUCAUACAUUAGUGAAUCUGCGGAAAACAGCUGAAAAACCUGAACUAUCUUUUUCAAAAAAAAUCAAGAUAUCAUCUUGGACUAAUUUUUGCCUCUAUGGAAUGGAUACUUGGAUAAUCUUAAAUUCUGCAUGCUACUUUCAAAACUUAUUUUUACUUUCUAGUUUGAGAAUUUCGUGCAGAACGACAACUUACUUUCUUCACUAGGUUUAUAGGAUUAUAUUAAAUGUAGCUGCUAAUUAUUCUAUUCUGGCUUUAGUGGUUUAUGGCAGAUAUUUUGACUUUGUUUUUUAGGUAGUCUAGAAUUGGUAGUAUUUCACAAUGAAGCCUACUUCCUAAAUGAAGAGAAUAGGAGACUUUCUUUUCACUAGCCUUUUUUUAAUUUUAGACACCUUUGUAUUUUUUAAAUGUUGGGAAGAAGUGGGGAUGGCCCUGUGCAGAUGCCUGCAAUAAUGCUUACAGAUGCACUUCACUUCAGAUAUGGAAUUUGACUUUUCAGUUAUGCUUCUUGUGUCAUAAACAGUAUAUUUAUUUCUUCUCGAACUGAUGCUCAUAAUAGUGAGAUGUACAUGGAAUAAGAAAGAGAAGAAGCUUUGAAAGAAUAGACAAGCUGUAAAAAUCAGACUUAUUCUGAUCCGGAUGUAGCUUUGCGGAGUCCUUAAAUGUGAAGAAUGGGCAGCUGAUUUCCAAGGAUCACCUGUAGCUACAGAUGUUGUAUCUUUAAGGAACUCAGGAUAUUACUACAAGGGAGGCAAACUGGACAACAAAAAUCACGGAGAGUUAAUGUCAAUCUCUUCAGUUCUUUUGGAUUUUGUUUAUUUUCAACAGAAUCCAGUGCUGCUUGAAAUAUAUAAGAUGGACAAAACAACCUAGUGCAUAAAGCAUUUGCAAUGAGGUGUUGAAGCCUUGUUUCACUGACUUGGUGAGACUGGACCUAAAUGGCGCAGCAUGACUUUGCUCCAGCCUGGCUUAAUUUUCCUACUCCACCAUCAUCAUCAUCAAAGUCAUCAUUGAAUCUUGAGAAGCAUUCAGAAAGCUUUUCAUGGACUGAGAACCGUUAUGAAGUUAACCGUAGGCGGCACAACUCUUCUGAUGGAUUUGAUCCUAGUAGUGGCCGUUCAAAUGGAGGGCAUUUGGGAAGAAAGGAGAGAAAUGGCUGGCGCUCACAAGGCAGAAAUGGCACUGAAAACACAAAUCACAGAGGGGGAUACCAUGGCGGGGGUUCACGUGCUCGCACCAGCAGCUUCCACUCUGGGAAAAGCCAAGGACUGCAUGAAAACAAUACACCUGACUCCGAGAAUCUGAAAAAGGAAGACAAGGAAGAACACAAACAAUUUGAAGCUGAAGAUUUUCCAUCCCUGAAUCCUGAAUAUGAGAGAGAACCAAACCAGAAUAAAUCCUUAGCUGCAGGUGUUUGGGAAUAUCCUCUAAAUCCUAAAUCUAGAUCUCCACGAAUGCUGGUCAUUAAAAAAGGCAAUACAAAAGAUUUGCAGAUAUCUGGAUUCCCUAUGGGAGGAAGUGCUCAUUCACAGCCAGCUAAGAAUGGGACUGGUACAAGUGUUUAUAAAGGCUUAGUUCCCAAGCCUGUCAUUCCACCAGCAAAGACUACGCAGUGGAAGAGCCAAACAAAAGAGAAUAAACUUGGGACUCCAUUUCCUCAUGAUUCUGCAUAUGGUAUUGGAAACUUCAGUACUUUCAAAUCUACUGCCAAGACUGUUGGAUCACAGAAUUCAGUGAAAGAGUGCAGUCGGUCAAAUUCCUCAUCCCCAGUGGAUAAACUUGGCCAGCCUCGCUUAACCAAAUUAACGCGAAUGCGCACUGAUAAAAAGAGUGAAUUUUUGAAGACGUUGAAACGGGAUCGAGUUGAAGAAGAACAUGAUGAAAACUGUAUUGGGCAAGAGAAGGAGGAUGAUGAAGAAUUUAAUUUACAUAACAGCAACAGUGGCCACCAAGAGAGGGACAUAAACCGAAACUUUGAAAAUGAAAUUCCGCAAGAAAAUAGAAAUGCUGCAGUGAUUUCCGAGCAUAUCAUCCAUUCUUCAACAUUUCCUCAGACUGAUGUCCUUUCAAGCUCACUUGAAGCAGAGCAUCGAUUGUUAAAGGAGAUGGGCUGGCAGGAAGACAGUGAAAAUGAUGAGACCUGCGCUCCAUUAACAGAGGAUGAAAUGAGGGAAUUUCAAGUUAUCAGUGAACAGUUACAAAAAAAUGGCCUUAGAAAAAAUGGUUUUCUGAAAAACGGCCUCAUCUGUGACUUCAAAUUCAGUCCCUGGAAAAACAGCACUUUCAAACCCACAAUUGAGAAUGAAGACACAGAAACAAGCAGCAGCGACACGUCAGACGAUGAUGAUGUGUGAAGACGGCUGGGAAGUGGGAGGCGCUUUUUCUCGCCUCUGGUGCAGUUUAAGAGGGAGUUGCUCAAGAGGGGAAGAACUAUAAAUGAAGUGGUGCUCUGUGCCCCCUGUUAGACGAAGGAUCUUUGGGACUCCUCGUGAAGGAACCUAAGAAUGUUGUGUUGAUGAGCUGUGUUGAAAACAUGACUAUAAUUUCUUUGUAAAUGGAUGUUGUAGAAAUGAGGACUUUGCCCCAACAUUGACUUUUUUUCAUCACUGCAGCAUUUCUCUGACUAGCAAUGUGACAAUGUAUGAGAAUGAGAUGUUCUCAUUUAAUAAUAAAAAAAAAGAUUAUGUAUUGUUUGGCAAAGUUUUUGUCUUAAAAAUGGCAGGCCUAAGGGGGAAAAGGGCAGCUUGACACAGUGUGUUGCUUGCUGAGAUGGAUUUCUUUAUGGUGGAAAUCCGUAGUAUUCACUUCGUGCACAGACAAUAGAAAGUGUAGCAUGUUGGCUAAAAAAAUGACAAAAGUGCACUAAAACUUCCAUUUCCUGAACUGUUGUAAUUGUUCCACUUCUUAAUACAUACCAGUAAUUGCUCUCUAGCAGUUUGUACUACAGUAAUUAUGGAAAAAGACUUGCUUCAAUUCCGAACUUCACAGAACUGGUGUAAAUCAAAAGCUUUAUUUGGAUGCUACGAGACCCAGGAAUCUGGAUCCUCACAGCGGGCGCUGAUUCUUGUGGGGGAGGAGAAAUAAACAUUAUUUUGAUAAAUUA